AGUCUUCCAGGGGAGUGGAGAGUGGAGUAAUUCCAGCUCUCUUUAAAACAACUUCUCAGCACGGAAUCCGUCUUGGAGUUUGGCACCGGAGUCCCCGGACAUCUUUGCGUUAUCCAGGGACCCGGGCGCGGAAUUGUUGCUUCCAGCGAUAUAAAUGAUCCGGAUUUCAGUGUUGUGAGGAUUUAUUUCGGGCUUGACGGAAUUAGCGAGAGGGGUUUGUUGGGCUCAAGAAGAAAUUCUGGAAAAGUGUUUGCAUGGUUCUUAUUCAUGUCAACUGAUCCUGGUCCUUGGGCGGACUAACUAUGUUUUGUGAAUUGUGUGCAGGAUCUCCAGAUUGUAGGUGCGUUGAAGGCUUUGUAAGAGGGCUGGCAAAAGUUGCGGCUUAAUUAAGUUGGCGACAGCAGGUCACUGGGCAGUGACUGUGUGUAGCCUUCUCUCUCUUAAGACGCUCAGUGAUGUUAAGCGUUGCGUAUGACUGAAAAGAACAUUCUGAUGUUGUGGACAAGCCAGAAAACGGUCACCACCGGCUGCGCAUGUUUUGCGCACCGUGCACAAACUCCCGGUCUUGGGCGACAAGUGUAAAUCGAUGUGGCAUCCCCCGAGAGAAGGACGGGACCGACAGGACUCAUCCAAAACUGUCUAGGUUGUCGUAUGUUCAAGUCGAAACGCUCAGGUCUUGUUCGGCGUCUCUGGAGAAGCCGUCUGGUCACCGAGAGCGACGGGCGGGAUGGAAGCAGACGAUGUGAGGGAGGACGGAACGGUCCGGGUGGCAGACACUCAGGAAAGCUCCACAAACAUGAGCAGAGGUCGGUGACACAAACUGACCCGGCUCCGGGACUCACAGGCGAUGCUGGAGACCUGACGGAGAGCGCAGAAAGAGAGGAAGAGGAGCAGCCUGACGACGACCGGGGUGCCAUGUGCGUCCCGGAGCAUAGAGGCUCCUGGCAAGAACAGGAGGGCGACAGUAGGACGGUGACGUGUUGUUUGUUUGGGGAAUGGGAUGUCAGACCCCGGAGCCCUUACUGGGCCCCGAUAAAAGACGGUGGCAGCCCUUGUCAGUGCGCACCGAGGCGUACGGUGAUGGAGGAGGAACUCGCGAGCACAGCUCAUGCUUUUUUAAAAAGACUCAAGGAGAGAUCUCUGGACGCCCUGGUGAAGGCUGUAGAGACCAAAGGAGGGAUACUCAGCGAGUGUGUCAUGGUGCCGAGCACUGAGCUACGGCUCGGCGCUCAUCACAUCUCUCCACAGUAUCUUCUGUGUAAGCUGUUUCGCUGGAGCGACCUACCGCUCUCAGCCCGACUCAAAGCACUGUGCCACUGCCAGAGCUUCAGCGCAGUGGACAGUGCAAAGGCUUGCUGCAAUCCCUAUCACUACAGCCGCUUAUGCGGGCCAGAAUCACCUCCACCCCCAUACUCUCUGUCCCAUUCAGAUGAACUCAAGCCACUGGACUCCGCUCUGUCUUACACUGAAACGGCGCCCCCCCUUCACACCAGUCCUCCUCACAUUAUGCCAAGAGACUACACAGACACUGGUACCUCCCUCGGCUCCUCGACCUCAGGGGGACAUCGCUCUCACUGGUGCAGUGUUGCCUACUGGGAACAGCGUACCCGUGUGGGUCGCCUUUAUCCAGCCUAUGAGCCAUCGCUCAGCAUUUUUUAUGACCUACCUCAGGGCACCGGCCUCUGCCUCGGCCAGCUACACACCAAUGCCUACCACAGUCGCCGUGAUGAUCCGGGCAGUCAUGGUACAUGCGGCUCUCAAGGACACCACAGCCACGGAGGUAGAGGGAACAACAGUAGCAGUGUACAACAGAUUCGCAGUAAAAUCGGUUUUGGCAUUAUGCUGAGUCGUGAGCCAGACGGAGUGUGGGUGUACAAUCGCAGCCAGCAUCCAGUGUUUGUCCACUCACCCACUCUGGACCCACCCAGUGCUCGAGGGCUGAGUGUGAAACGGGUUAUGCCGGGUUUCUCGCUCAAGGUCUUCGAUUAUGAGUGUUCCAGCUGGAUGAUGGCGCAUGGCGUGAAGCCUGACACCCAGGAGGGGCCCUGGGACCCCCACAGUGUCCGCAUCAGUUUUGCUAAAGGAUGGGGUCCCUGCUACUCCAGACAGUUCAUCACCUCCUGUCCCUGCUGGCUGGAGGUGCUUCUAAACAACCACAGAUAGCACAGAGAUACUCACAGACUCACAGGAGGUGUCCUGACCCAGUAUCCUAAUUGUAAUCUACCUAGAUUUAAUAUAAGAUUUAUAUAUUAUAUAAAAUAUAUUAUACAUGUAAAUACUUGAGUCAUUUUUACGAUGCAAUUAUUUAUGUAUAGUGUAAUGUGUAUAUGGAAAAAAUAAAAAGGAACAAGAAUAUGCACUUUGAUUCUAUGUAUGCAUUACGGAAUUUCAUUUUGUCUUUUUGCAAAUGUAAAAUUAAGACAAACUUGGUUUAUGUUCUCAUAAUUUAGCAAAUCCAUCAAAACAUAUGCCACACACACCUUGUCAA